AUGGCGGACGCCCUGGUGCUGCCGGAGCCGGGCCCUCCCCGCGCCACGUGGCUGCGGGCCCGCAAGGCCCGGCCCCCGCUGCUCCUCAGCCGCCGGCCCCGCCGCCGGCUCGGGAGGCUGCGCUGGCGCGGGCGGAGGCGGCUGCGGCGGCGACUGCCGCAGGCCCGGGCGGCCGGCGCGGCCUGGCGGGAGGCCGGCUGCCCGGCGGCGCCCCGGAAGUCCGAGGCCGCCAGCGCCGACCCGGCCGGGGACCCGGCGCCGAGUUGUCCGGCGGUGCUCCCCAUCCCGCCGGUGCGGGCGGCCGGCUCGGGCCGCGCCGUGCUGCUGCUGCCGCUCGGGCAGGGCUUUACUUUUAGCGGAAUGUGUCGUGUGACCUGCCUCUACGGCCAGGUGCAGGUGUUUGGUUUUACCAUCAGCCAGGGCCAACCUGCCCAAAAUGUCUUCUCUACCUAUACCCACUGUCGCCUGACUAUCAAUGCAGUUCAUUACUCAGUGCAUGAGAAAAGCAAGAAGGAGAUGAAAAGGGAAGCCCGAACUUUGCUCAGAUCUCACCUAAACCAAGAUGACAGAUACUGUUUGAUGCAGAGUUUUUCUCCUCUGUGUUCCAUUGUGUUGCUGGAACGUCUGAAAACCUCCACCGUGAACUUCAUAAUCAGCCAUCCAGGUUUAUCUUACGUUUUCGUACAAGAGAUUCCAACUUUCCAGAUUAACUCUGAGUAUUUCGCCUUGAGAUCUGUCGGCAUUAGAAGAGAGAAAAAAAAAAACGGCCUUCGUUUAACCGAGAGUGCCUUUUCAGUCAUGGAAGAGUUGGUCAGCGUUUCUUGUGAAGAAGCAGACGGCUGCCCUGUCAUUCUGGUUUGUGGCUCUCAGGACAUUGGAAAGUCAACAUUUAAUAGGUACCUGAUUAACCAGUUGUUAAAUAGUGUAUCCUGCGUUGACUAUCUGGAAUGUGAUCUGGGACAGACAGAAUUUACUCCUCCAGGCUGCAUUUCUUUACUUAAUAUCACAGAACCAGUUCUGGGACCACCUUUCACCCACCAGAGGACACCCCAGAAAAUGGUCUAUUAUGGGAAGCCUUCUUGUAAAAACAACUUUGAAAAUUAUAUUGAGAUAAUAAAGUAUGUGUUCAGUUCCUACAAGAGAGAGUCCCCUCUUAUCGUCAACACGAUGGGCUGGGUGGCAGACCAGGGUCUCCUGCUCCUCAUCGACCUGAUCCGGCUGCUGUCGCCCAGCCACGUUGUUCAGUUCAACUCUGACCGGGGCAUAUACAUGCCAGACCUCACCCCCGACUACGUGGACGACAUGGACGGCUUGUACACAAAGAGCAAGUCCAAAGUCAGAAACAGAGGUUUCCACCUGACAGAAUUUGCAGAGAGUUUGGAAUUUGCUGACGAAGAAAAGGAGAGUCCAGUUCUGUUUACUGGUUACAAACUGAUGUCUGUUAAGUCAGAGUUUGUGUCUGGAAAAACUCCAAGAAAUAGAGAAUCACAUAACAAAGUUCUUCGCGAGUUGGCAGUGCUGGGUUACCUUGGCCAGCUGCAGCCCCCAGUGCCAAAGCCACUGUGUCCCUUACAUGGUCUGACACCCUAUCAGGUCCCUUUCAAUGCCGUCGCGCUGCGGAUCACCCACGCCGACGUCGCUCCUACCCACAUACUGUACGCCGUGAACGCCAGCUGGGUUGGGCUUUGCAAGAUCCUGGAUGACGUCAGAGGAUACUCACAUGGGCCCAUCCUCCUCGCCCAGACUCCUAUCUGCGAUUGUUUGGGGUUUGGAAUUUGUAGAGGCAUCGACAUGGAGAAGAGGCUUUACCACAUCCUCACUCCUGUGCCCCCGGAGGAGCUGAGGAAUGUGAACUGUCUGCUGGUCGGAGCCAUUUCCAUCCCACAGUGUGUUCUCAAGACCCAGCGUGGGCUCGAAGGGACGAUACCUUAUGUCACAACAGAUUAUAAUUUUAAACUUCCUGGGGCAUCAGAGAAAAUUGGAGCAAGAGAAAUUGAGGAAACGCAUAAAGAGAAAAUACAUCCCAAACCUAGGUUCCAUCGGAAAACAAGCUGAGACUGACGUUGUUAAUAAGGGAAGAACCUUUUCUAUCAGAAAGCUUGACUCUCUCUCCAGCCUGGCGUCAGUGGACGGAUGGGCUUCUGUGACCAGGAGCGGAACGGUGCGCUUACGUAGCAAACAGUGCCGUGUUUCCUUCGUAGCUCGUGGAUAUGUUUAGAGUGCGUUUAAGUCUCUUAAAUCGACAUGACCUAGAGCUUUGCCCUAGUCUUCUGUUUUAUUUUUAAAGGAAUAAAGCAGCAGGGAAAUGUUUAUGCACCAUUGAAACAGAAAGAACAUGGUAGAUUCCUCAUAAAGUUUUUCAAGGGCCUGGUUAUUGACAUCUGAAUAAAAAUAGAGAAACUGAGGCCACAGAAAUAUCCCAAAGAGGAAGGCAGGCUUGCCAGCAGGAUGGGGAGUGUAACGGGAGACGGAGGUGCCCUGUGGUCUUUGCCCCGGAGGGGGUGGUCCCAUCCCUGCUCGUUGGGUGCUCUCCAACCUCUUCCACGCAUGUGGGCGGAGGGUUAAGCUUCUUUUUGAUCUGUUAAAGUUAAUCAAGGUUUCAUAGAUAAAAGUUUGAUUCAAGAGCCCUUGUUCUUGUUUUUUAAAAUCUGAUACUGAAAAAUUUUACGCUGAAAAAAUGCUCUCAAAUCCAGGAAUCCUAUCCUGGGGCCUCUUUAAAACCAGAUUUGUCCGAAUUGACUUCUCAUCUGAGAUUGAAGACACACAGUGAGCAGAGCCGGAGACUAGGCUGUUGGAAGAAGGACCGGCGGAGCGGCUCAUGCCAUUGAGCUUGGCGGUUGGACCUGACCUCCAUGCUGGCGAUGGUGCUGUUCUCCAGGGGGCUUUGGGGAAAACAAUGACACUCCCUUCUUCGUCUUCUCCCUGGUGGCCAGGAUUCUUUAACCUCCAAGCUUGGAAGUGGUUUUGGUACACAAUCAGGACGACCAGGUCAGGUCACAUUGUUUCUGCGCUUAGGAUGCUGAGAUACUUACUGAGACAGCAUCUCAUACUGGUGGUGUGAAUUCCAGCGUCCUGGCAGACCGAGUUGAAGGACCACUAUUAGGAUGUGUGGGUUUUAACAUUUACAUUCAUCUAAACUGUUGACUGUCAUUGUCUUAAAUACUCUGGUGGCCCCUUGUCACCCUCCAGGAUCAGGUUCGAUAUCCUAGAGACCAUUUAAGAUCUAGCUGCGUAGUUACCUCUUAUUUAUAUCUAAACGUGACUUGUACAUGUUUUUCUUUCUUGGCCUUGGGAAGAAUAUUAACUGGCAGUCCAUCAGCUUUUUGCCUGCUUCCCAAGUUCCUGUAUCUUUACAACAGUACUGUAGCUCUUUAGCUGCAGGUCUUGGGAAGAAGGAAACUGGUGGCCUGUCAUUUGCAUUUUCAUUAAAUCCAGACUGGCCUUUAGCCGACUUCCUACUGGCCUUUAAGGCUGCCGGCUUCAGUCCCCACUGGUACAGAAAACAAACGUUGCCGCUAGAGGGAGUUGUCAGCCAUUGGUCAGCUGGCCAUAGGGGGCUGGAGUUGGCCGGGGAGCCCACAUAGCCCUUUCCCAGCAUCCAGAGACGCUGGAGACGGCACUGAGGUCAGCACCAAGUGUGCUGGUGGCUACAGCGCGUCCACCUGAGGUGUCUGCCUGUUUGGUUGUCAGUGUCGAUGGUUUGGGCUUUCUGUCAUUUCCAGUCUGUGAUGGGUCAGGAUGGGUGGUGAGAGUUCUGCAUUGGAGAUACUAUUAGAAACUCAGUCAUUUCUGUGUGUGAUUUUCAAAGCAGUACCUGCUUAAUUUAAGAAAAUUAAAGGAAAAAAAUAAAAUUAAAA